ACUUGAUGUUCUCUAAUUUCUAGAGGCCUUAUUUUCUUGAAGUUUAUUCAUUCCCUCAAAAUUUAACCAGUUUCCUAUGGAAGGGAAUUGCAUCCUUAGGUUAUUCACCAUGUAAUGAGCCAUUAAUAGAAGAUUUAUUGAACAGUACUCCUGUAUUGAUUAGUUCUUUGAUUAUACACUGGUCAACAAUUGGAACAGUUCUGUUAAAAAUGAUUUCACAGAACAGUUUUCUAGUUGCUUUUCUUGAAAAAUUAAAAGAAAAUAUAAGCUUGAAUCCUAUGUGUGAAAAUGUUUUUUCUGGGAAAAGUAAAAAAUGGAUCACUAGUUUGGCAUUUGCUAAACAGUUGAAUUCAUCCUUGGAAACAGUCAAUAUACCUUUAAUGAAUGACUUAGAGAUAUUGCGUGUGACAUUAUAUUUUAUGAUAGCCAAAAUAGCCACAGAUAUAUUAAACAAUGAAGCAGAAGAUCUGUAUUUUAGGAUACAUCCUGCAACUUUAGAAAUAAUGAAAUAUUUGUUAACAGCUAAAGAUACCUUUGAAUGCUUAAAGCCACAAAAUUAUAAAAAAACUAUAUUGAAAGAUAUCCUUUUGCCCUCCACAUUGCAUUUAUUUUCAUCUGGUUGUCUUCUUGUUUGUCUUCACUUCUGGAAAUGCCACACCUUUCAAAUUAUUCAAGACAAUAAUAAAUGUGCGUCAUUGAUAAUAGUCAUACUUGCAAAUUUGAAUGACUUCCUAAAAGUGACAGAUUAUUUUUAUGGCACAAAUUCUGCUAAUGAUGAUGAAGAAUUAAGUUUAUCUUUAACUGUGCCAGAAAAUAAAGAAUUACCAUGGCUACUUCAAGAAUUUAAAGCAAUAACUGAAGAAAAAAGUGCUUCUAGCUAUGUAUCAAUUAGCAUCCAACAUCAAUUAACUACAUAUUUUAGAAUCGUAACUCUUCUUCCACCAUAUUUAUUUUAUUCCAACAAAAAAGAAGUGAUUAAUGAAUAUUCUUUGAAUACUUUGAAAGAAAUAAUUCAAAAUAUUUUGAGGCCUUAUUUUCUUGAAGUUUAUUCAUUCCCUCAAAAUUUAACCAGUUUCCUAUGGAAGGGAAUUGCAUCCUUAGGUUAUUCACCAUGUAAUGAGCCAUUAAUAGAAGAUUUAUUGAACAGUACUCCUGUAUUGAUUAGUUCUUUGAUUAUACACUGGUCAACAAUUGGAACAGUUCUGUUAAAAAUGAUUUCACAGAACAGUUUUCUAGUUGCUUUUCUUGAAAAAUUAAAAGAAAAUAUAAGCUUGAAUCCUAUGUGUGAAAAUGUUUUUUCUGGGAAAAGUAAAAAAUGGAUCACUAGUUUGGCAUUUGCUAAACAGUUGAAUUCAUCCUUGGAAACAGUCAAUAUACCUUUAAUGAAUGACUUAGAGAUAUUGCGUGUGACAUUAUAUUUUAUGAUAGCCAAAAUAGCCACAGAUAUAUUAAACAAUGAAGCAGAAGAUCUGUAUUUUAGGAUACAUCCUGCAACUUUAGAAAUAAUGAAAUAUUUGUUAACAGCUAAAGAUACCUUUGAAUGCUUAAAGCCACAAAAUUAUAAAAAAACUAUAUUGAAAGAUAUCCUUUUGCCCUCCACAUUGCAUUUAUUUUCAUCUGGUUGUCUUCUUGUUUGUCUUCACUUCUGGAAAUGCCACACCUUUCAAAUUAUUCAAGACAAUAAUAAAUGUGCGUCAUUGAUAAUAGUCAUACUUGCAAAUUUGAAUGACUUCCUAAAAGUGACAGAUUAUUUUUAUGGCACAAAUUCUGCUAAUGAUGAUGAAAACAUCCGUAUCAAUGAUUUACAUUUUGUUGUUAAGCUAACUAAUGAUGUUAAAUCCAUUGUUUCCACACUUCCUUCUUCUGUAACAAAACUAAUUCCUAAGGAUGUGAUGUAUCAAUAUGAAUUGGAUCUUGCAUAUAAAUGAUGGAAAUUAUAUCAUAAGUAAAAAUAAUUUGUAUAAAAAUUGUAUAAAUUAAUCAAACUUGUAUUUUAUUUUUAAUAUAUUGUAAAUAAUAUCUGAAAGAAAUCUAUAUACAAAACUGAUAAAUUAAUAGUUAUUUAGCAAAAUUAUAUCAGAAUUUGUUUCAAUAAAACUCCAAAAUAUCAGAUGACCUUAUUAGUAGAUAAAAAAAAAUUCCUAUGGUAGUUGCUAAUCAAUUUAAAUACAUAAAACUAUAAAGUGCAAUAAAAUACACAACAAACCACUUUAAUGGAUUUGGAAGCUACAGUAUAAAAUGGUUAGAAAUACAUUAGGAGAAAUAUACAUUAUUGAUAUAACACAUUGCUUUAUAUUUCCUGCAAAUGCUAAGCAAUUUUACUAUUACAAUGUAGUGCACUUUGCUCCAAUUCCUUCCAAAGACACAAGAUUGCACCCAGUUUUAACAUACUGGAGCUUGCCAAUAUUUUCAUAUUGCCAGAUUGCCAGAUUGCCUGACUGGAAGAGGAAGGUUACCCUCAACAGGAGGACACUAGGGGUUAGAUAUACUAUAUAAGGCAAUCCUACAUUUAAACAAAAUUUUUUCUUCUUCAUGCAAGUAGAAAAAUACUCAAUGAGGUAUGAAAAAACAAAAGAAUCCUUUCCACUUUCUCUUACAAAUGAAGUGAAAUAAUAAAGGAAUGGACUAUCUUGAAACAGAAAGUAUGAACAUUCACAUUUCAUUGGGGAUACUAAGGCAGGUUAAUUUUGAAUGA